AUGACCGUUUUCAUCGCAUCUCUUUUCCUCCCUUACACCAUUGACUUUAAGCCGGCGGGCUCGAAAGGAAACCGCCAACGAUCGUCCGUCGUCGAAGGAGCCGUCGAUGGCUCAAACUCGGGCCCCAUUGUCGGCCGUCUGCCUCGCGAACGAUCAGGCAGUAUUGCCCUGACACCCGGCGCGACCACGGUCGAUGAGAAAAUCUUCAAAGCAUACGCCUCAAGUCUGGCAGAGGAGAUUCCCAUCGCCGAUGAUCCCAAAGGCCCCUACCCAAGCGAACCCCGUGCGAUCCCGUGGGGACAUAGUCACAAGUUCAAUCAACCUCGUUCGAAAGCGACGGUUCAUCCGGACCCCUCCAUUUUGUACCACCGAAGCUCAGUCAAAGAUCGGACAGGAGGCUUUCUAGGCGGCACAACCGAUCUGCCAGUGACGGUGGAAGCAGGAUCAGAUAGCUCUCGCCAUUGUUUUUCUGCGGUCGACUGGGCUGUCAAGGCUGCGGAACAAGGCCAUGGCGGUCUCCAGAACGCCGUCCAUGCUGCAGAAGAGGCGGUGCGCUUCACGAUAAAGUCUGGGUCGGGACGCUGGGCAUGCCAACGGACUCUCUACCAGAUUGAGUUUGAAGGCCACUACGCGCAUUUUUGUCGCUCGGUACUGUGGCCAGCAUUCCAUUAUCAAAUGCAGGAGAGCCCGCGGCACACCGAAUAUGACGAUUACUCAUGGAAGCAAUAUCUCAAGGUGAAUGAAGCCUUUGCUGAUAAGAUUGCAAGUCAAUGGAAGCCCGGAGACUGCAUCUGGGUACACGAUUACCACCUUCUUUGUUUACCGGGACUCUUGAGAUCACGCCUGCCAAACUCGGAAAUCGGAUUCUUUCUUCACACGCCGUUCCCAUCGUCUGAAAUUUUCCGUUGCUUGAGUUCACGGGAGGCCUUGCUCGACGGUUUAUUGGGUGCCGACCUUGUUGGAUUCCAAACAGACGAAUAUUGCAGUCACUUCUUGCACGCCUGCAGUCGGAUUCGAAGACUGGACGCGUUGGCGGACGGCAUUCAGGUUCACGAUCGGAUGGUUCGCGUCAAAAGCUGGCCCUUGGGUAUUGAUUAUACGUCCCUGAAUCUGUUGCGCCAGUCCGUGGAAGUGAAGGACUGGAUCACCAACAUUUUACAUCGGUACAAGGGAAAGCGUCUGAUUGUAGCACGGGAUCGACUGGACGCUCCAGGUGGUAUCAAGCAAAGGCUGCAGGCUUAUGAGCUGUUUUUGAAGCUCUACCCCAAGUGGCGGGAGAAUGUCGUCCUUGUGCAGGUCGCGUCAUCCGCCUCGGAGGUCCCCGAGCUCGAAGCUCAAGUAUCCAAACUUGCAAUGCAUAUCAACGCCGUGUUCUCCACCCUGACCCACCAGCCUCUUGUCUUCCUGCAACAAGAUAUUAGUUACUCGCAGUUCCUCGCGCUUCUAAGCGUUGCGGACAUCUUCAUGGCCACCAAUCUCCGCGAAGGCAUGAACCUCACCAGUCACGACUUUGUCCACUGCCAAGAUGGGCAACUGGUCUCCCAAAGACAUGGCUCUCUGGUUCUCAGUGAAUUCAUUGGCAGUGCAUCUAUCUUUCACGGGCACGAACUGCUCGUCAACCCUUGGGACUACAAGCAAUGCGCAAAGACUCUCAACAGGGCACUCGAGAUGUCGCCCGAGGAAAAGGAGCGUAACUGGCAAUAUUUGAUCGACUGCAAAAGACCUUAUACCGCGCUCUCCUGGUAUUCCAACCUGCAAUCCGCGCUCAGGGAAUCUCACAUGAUGCGGGAAUAUCGUCAGACAACCAGUCUGCCCCCACUAGAGUUGAACGCUCUAUCGACAUGUUACAAUUCUGCUCACUCCCGUCUGCUCUUUCUAGAAGAUAGUGCGCUCUCCCUCUUGCAUGACUCUGCUGAAGCCCAUGCAUCCGAGAGUGUGCUUGAUGUGCUCCGAAAGCUGGUUCAUGACCCAAGAAAUACAGUCUACUUGACCAGUGACUGCAGUCCCGACGAGCUCAAGCUCGCGGAAAUGUCCUUACCGAGCAGAGUGGGCAUCGUCGCUAAAAACGGACUCUUUGCUCGCUUUACCAAUGACUCGGCGUGGAAGAACUUGUCAGACAAUGAUCGGGUUCGCGGCUGGCAUACUAGUGUUAAAAAGGUGAUGGAGUACUUUCGCGAGCGCAUCGAAGGUAGCACCAUCGAAGAAGACGAUUAUUCUGUGAUUUUCCACUUCGAGCACGCCAAAGAUCACGAAGCUGCCGCUCGCCAGGCGUCCGAGCUUGCGGACCUCGUCUAUGGUGUUAGGGGCAGUGAAUCCAUUCGCAUAGUCCGCAGCCAAGGGGCAGUGAGCGUGCGGAUCAUCGAAGGCAUGGCAGCUGCCGCGUCCUCCGUCUGGGAACAAAUCUCCCCAGAACAUUUACCAGAGUUGAUCCUGCUCGCCGGCGGAAAGGACAACUACGGGGAGCUGUUCCGAUGGGCAAAUCGCCUCCCACUUCUGUCUCCCAGUUCAUCUCAGCCCCCGCACAUCACGGUGGUCCCCUUGGCUACGGGGACUCUAACCGCCGGAGCAAGAGCAGUCCUGCCAGAUGGAUGGACGCUUUUGGACGUUCUUCAGGCAUUAUUACCUCCAAAGACUCGAAUACCGAUGUCACAGAACGGUGACCAUCCGACAUCUAGUGAUUGA